AUGGAAUAUCAAGACACAACUGACGCACAAUUGCAAGCUGAAUUCGAGCAAAGAAACGCAAACCUUAUGAAUGGUGUGAGCGGUGUACUUGGAUCACUCAAUUCUGCACAAAAGACUUUCAGAGAGACUGCCCAGCAUAAUGCCCAGGAACUAAAGGACAGGACUAUGGAUACUGGCUUUGUGGACAAAUCAAUGGAAACAGGAUAUGAAGACCGAUCAAUUGGCUCAACCAGAUCUACUAUUGGUGAUGCAUUUAAGGAUACCGCCGCAUCUGCUGAAUCUGCUGCAUCUACUGCUUCUUCAACUAUGGGAUCAAAGGGUUUUAGCUUUGGUAUUGGACAUGGUCACGGACAUGGACAUGGUAUUGCUGAUAAUAACAUGAAUAAUACAAUUGAUGGUCCCUCUGUCACCAAUUCUUCAAAUACAACCGGAUUCCAUACUGCCGAUACACUGAACAGCGGUGCAAUCCAUGCCGCACGCCGUGAUAUUAACGCUAUGCACGGAAAUACUGCCACUGAAUUUGAGACUGUUGCCGCUAAGAUUGAUGAUACAUUUGCAGGCAACGCACUGACUGAAGGUGGACCAGACACCCACAUUUUGUAA